AGGCCGAGAACUUUCCAAUUGGGAUUAUUUCGGAAUUUCAGUUACCAGCUCGUCAUCAAAACAGCAAGAACUGUUAAAUUUUUGCGUGAAACAACCAAGUUAGAAGACAACAAAUUAAAACAAACAAAAUGGUUCGCCGUGGACGUUCAGCCAGCCCCCCGCCCUCCACUCGUCGCUCCGCACCUGUGCAGGCCCGAGCCCCCGCCCCGGCACCCGCCGCCGCCGCCCCUGUGCCGGCCCGUGCUGCUGCACCGCCCCCACCGCCGGCGCCCGUGAGCGCUCCGCCCAGCGCCGUCGGCAUGCCGGCCCCCCAGCAGCCCUCGAUGUUCCAGCAGAUGGCCGCCACCGCGGGAGGCGUGGCCGUUGGCUCGGCCAUUGGACACACGGUGGGUCACGGGCUCACCUCGCUGUUCAGCGGAUCCGGGGACAAGGAGGCAGCUGCUCCGGCGGCCGCAGCUCCGGCUCCCCAGCAGCAGCAGCCCUACUACGCCCAGCAGCAGCAGCCCAACGAGCCGCAGGGAGCCUGCGCCUGGGAGCUCAAGCAGUUCAUCCAGUGCGCCCAGGGACAGGCGGAUCUGACCCUCUGCGAGGGAUUCAACGAGGCGCUGCGGCAGUGCAAGCAGAGCCACCAUCUACAGUAGAUGAAACCCCCUCCCCCCGGAUUAAUGGAUGAUGAUCACCAGCCAUCCACCGACCCCUUCGUUUAGUUCUUAAUUGUUUAAUUGCAAGCAUCUGAAAGAGAGCAUUGUUUAAUUGUAGUGCAAAAUGAAAUGUUGAAUAGAAAAUCCCAUUGGCAGCCCAAACUACGUACAUCCUUUCCCCUUAAAAAAAAAAAAAACCCUGGGCUGUCAGUGCGGGCCAAAACAAAACAAA